CCCAUUUUAGUUUUUCCUUUUUCGUCGCUCUGCAUUCUCCUCGCUGAAGAUUUGGUUAGGGUUUGUUGAUUUCGACCUUGAAGAUUCUGAUGAAAGUUACUCAUCCAGUCACCCUCUACCAGGUACUGUAACUUAUCACUUCCUGCCAUUUCCACAAGUUUUUAGCUUUUCCCGCCGAAUCAGUCUCCUUGUUGGUCAAUGUCUAUGUAUGGUUGGCCAGUUGUUAUGCGUUAGGGUUUAUCUCUUUCUUAUUCAUAACUGGUCGGAGUUCGAUUUUCGUUCCUGAUGUGUGUGUAGUUAUAAUAUGAUCGAGAAGAAGAAGGUGCGUACAGAGUUGGAGGUGGAUAGAAUUAGUAACCUUCCCGCCCAUCUGAUACAGCUAAUUCUCGCGUCCUUGCCCAUAAGAGAAGCGGGGAAAACUAGCGUACUGUCAAGACAAUGGAGGUACCAUUGGAGAAAUAUCACCCGCCUUGUGUUUGAUGAUGAGUUUGAUGAAUUGGAGGACUGUGAUUCUGAAUCAGAAGUGAAUAAGCUAGUCAAGAGAGUGCAUGAAGCUCUGCAGGUUCAUGAUGGGCCUAUAACCGAGUUUGUGCUUUCAAUUCCUGGAUUAACAGCCGCUGCUGAUACUCAUCACUUGAUUUCUUACCUUUCCAACAAAGGCAUCUCUGCACUUUCCCUUCUGUUCGAUUUGGACCCACACUCAUUCGGUGAAGAGAUCAGCCCUUCCCUUUUUCGUGCUCUUCAAUUGAAUAGCCUGAAACUGCAGGCAUGUGAAUUGAAGGUGCCACCUUGGUUUGUGGGAUUUACCAGGCUUACUGUUCUUCAGUUAGAACAAGUAUGUUUGCCCAAUGAUUUCUUUCAAGGUUUCCUUCUCAACUGCCCGCUACUUGAAGAUUUGAGAACUUCCUUCGUUGUGGGUCCUCGUAAGCUUGAAGUUGUAGGUCCACCACGUCUCAAAGUGUGCAUCUUUAGGGUGUAUUGUGUAGAAACUAUUAGCUUCCGUUGUACUCCAAUGCUUUCUAUGAUUUCAAUUCAAGCGGAGAUGUAUGAUUCCAAUACAACUGACAUUCCUACUGUAGAUAUAGUCUCUACAUGUGCUUCUCUCCCAGCACUCCAGCAAUUGAAUCUAAGCUUUGAAUGUCUCCAAUUACUUGCUGCAGGUCCUGUUCCAGAUAUGUUUCCUACGGCACUUCACCAGUUGGAAGUUCUCGAUAUUGGCAAUUGUUUUCAUGAUGAGUGUUUGCUUGAGCUGGAGGUUCUCCUUUGUCUCAUCAGGAGUUCCCCUAACUUGUAUAAACUUACAAUUCAGAACGCUCUAGUACUUAAUGACUUAAAUGUUGAGAGGGAAUUGGUUCCUUUGAAAUCUGAAUCAAAUGGAUAUCCCGAUCCUGAAGCUGAAGGUAGUUACUGUCAACGUCUUGCAGAAGUCAAUGUCCGGAACUAUAAAGGCUCCCAGGUUGAGCUGGACCUGUUGAGGUUUCUGUUGGCCAAUGCCCCGCGACUGAGCAGGAUUGUCGUUAAGCCGGAUUAUCAGUUGAGUUGGGGAAGUUGUCUAGACUUCUUGGAGAAGGUUAGACAGUGUGAAUGUGUCUCAAAAGAAGCUGAGAUCAUAUAUGUGAAUAUGUCUAAUGUAAUACUCUUCAGUAGGAGAUUGGCAGCUUCUUAGCUUAUAUUAUUCACGACCUUCUAUCGCCGACAAAGCAAUACUUUAACUUAGCAGUUCGUCUUGAUGGUUUGGAGCUGUGAAUGCUGUGACUGGUAAAAAACUUCAUUCGAAUGAAUCAGACGGGG